GACAAUAGUGUUUCAGAGUUCUUGUGUAGCCACAGCCAUGUCAGACUUGCAAGCAUACAUGGCCCAGCUGAUGAAAGGAUGUUCGUUGGAGAUUCAAGAGACGCCUGACCGUGGCCGAGGACUUUUUGCCUUGCGCAAGCCCACAGGCAAGCCUGCUAUGCUUUUCUCAGAAGCUCCUCUUGGACGUGUUGUCCAAAUGUCGAAGAGUUCUCGCAGAAGGGGUGGUGCCUGCUUCUUGUGCGGUCAUGCCUUGGGUAGUCCUGCCUGGCAGCUAAGCCUCCUUACGAAGGGUGAUAUAUCCUUGGGCCAUGAGCAGCAGCCACUGUCCGAACCACUGUCUGACAUCGUUGAGGGCAAACCAUUGUUUUGGAAAAGGAAGCCUUUGUUUUGUAGUUCUCAGUGCAAUGUCGAGUACGAACGCAUACUUGGUCCUUUGCGUGCCCGGCGCAAGUCAGCACAAAAGUUUGCACAAUAUGUCCGGAAAGUGGACUGUGCUUUCCACAUGCUAGCCUUGAAACUGAUUUGUUGGUGCCUUGCGGAAGCCAAGAGAACGACUCCAGCAGAAGCGGCUGCCCCUUUGCAAGUGCUAUGCUGCAGGCCCUACUGGGAUGCCGUGGAUAUGCCAUCCGAACAUCUGGGAGACAAUGUAACCUUUAAAGAAAAACUGCGAAAUGAGGCUGAAAAGGCCCGACAGUUAGCUUUGAAGGCCUUGGGAGGCAGAGCUGCCCUGCCACAUGACUGGAACUUUCUCAAUGAGACCGGAUAUGCCAAUCUACUGGGAGCACUCUGCAGCAAUUGCACAGUGGUUCUUUACAUGUCUCCGGUGCUACAACAUAUUCUCCAAGUUACCAGCAUGACAGACUGCGCUGCCAAAGCAGCCGCCCUCGCUGCACUGGAACCGCCUAUCCGAUCUUUGAUCGCUUCACAGACUUCCAAGAUCGGCACACAGCAGGUGAGAGAUCAGGAGAUUUCAUGGGAGACUCCCAGUGGUCGUUUGUCUUUCUCCUCAUCGAUCAUCCCUCCCUUUAAAGGGUAUGCCAUCUACCCUCGCAUGGCUUUCAUGAAUCAUUCCUGCAGACCAACCUGUGCAAUUGAAUUUGACUACACUGCCCAGAUCUUUGUGCUACAGCAGCCAUACAAUGACAUGGACAAAGGCACCAUGGCAGCAGUUCACGCAGAUUCAUCCGUUGUGCCACAAAGUGUGCCUGCUUGUCACCCUCAAUCUCACGAUGGCCACACAAAAGGAUUGGCCUCAGAUAGUGCCAAGCUUUCCGUUGUUUCCCUCUUGUAGAACUUCAGCUUCCUUGCUCCCCUGUGCCUGCAAGCUUGAAGAAGGCACAGAGCUCACAAUUUCGUACCUCGACUCAUCAUUGGAUGCCCAGGCUGAUUUGAUUGCUAUGGGGAGAAAGCGCAGACGGCAGGAGCUCCUUCCCUAUGGAAUAGAAUGCUCUUGUGAACUAUGUGAGCCACUGCCGAAAGCCUGCAGGGUGCGAUCGCGACGAAAGAAAUUGACAGUCGC